UCAGGAGAUAUUGGACUCUCUGAAGACUGUCCCACCAUCUUGGGCUAACAAUCUGCAUUCUAGUCUGAACCGUGGGAGGAAAAAUAGUUGGUGAGUCUUUUUUGGCAAACCAGAGUACUGGAUUUUGUUUAGUAAUUCGAAUUCCUGACCAUACUGGCUUUACUGGGUAGUGUCAAGUUGAAUGGGAAAUCUGUGGUUUUCCUACUUGAAGGACACAAUGUUUUCCAAACUAGCACUUUUGCAGACUGUGCUUCGCCGCGGAGUUCAUUCUUCAGUGGCUUCUGCUACAUCUGUUGCAACGAAAAAGACAGUCCAAGGCCCUCCAACCUUUGAUUCCAUUUUCGAAAGGGAAUCUAAAUACGGUGCACACAAUUACCAUCCUUUACCUGUGGCCCUGGAGAGAGGAAAAGGUAUUUACCUGUGGGAUGUAGAAGGUAGAAAAUAUUUUGACUUCCUGAGUUCUUACAGUGCUGUCAGCCAAGGGCAUUGUCACCCCAAGAUUGUGAAUGCUCUAAAGAGUCAAGCGGACAAAUUGACCUUAACGUCUAGGGCUUUCUAUAAUGACGUACUUGGUGAAUAUGAGGAGUAUAUUACUAAACUUUUCAACUACCACAAAGUUCUUCCUAUGAAUACAGGAGUAGAGGCGGGAGAAACUGCCUGCAAACUAGCUCGUAGAUGGGGCUACACCGUGAAGGGUAUUCAGAAAUACAAAGCAAAGAUUGUUUUUGCAGUUGGAAACUUUUGGGGUAGGACAUUGUCUGCUAUCUCUGCUUCCACUGACCCAACCAGUUACGAUGGCUUUGGACCAUUUAUGCCAGGAUUUGAAAUCAUUCCCUAUAAUGAUCUGCCUGCACUGGAGCGUGCUCUUCAGGAUCCAAAUGUUGCCGCGUUCAUGGUGGAACCAAUUCAGGGUGAAGCAGGUGUUGUUGUUCCAGAUCCAGGUUACCUAGUGGGAGUGCGAGAACUCUGCACCAGGCACCAGGUUCUUUUUAUUGCUGAUGAAAUACAGACAGGAUUGGCCAGAACUGGGCGGUGGCUGGCUGUUGAUCAUGAAAACGUUAGACCUGACAUAGUCCUCCUUGGAAAGGCCCUUUCCGGGGGCUUAUACCCUGUAUCCGCAGUGUUGUGCGACGAUGAAAUCAUGCUGACCAUUAAGCCAGGGGAACAUGGGUCCACAUAUGGUGGCAAUCCACUAGGCUGCCGAGUGGCUAUUGCAGCCCUUGAGGUUUUGGAAGAAGAAAAUCUUGCUGAGAAUGCAGACAAAAUGGGUGCUAUCUUGAGAAAUGAACUCAUGAAGCUACCUUCUGAUAUUGUAACUGCUGUAAGAGGAAAAGGAUUGUUGAAUGCUAUUGUUAUUAGAGAUACCAAAGAUUAUGAUGCUUGGAAGGUGUGUCUACGACUUCGAGAUAACGGACUUCUGGCCAAGCCAACCCAUGACGACAUCAUCAGGCUUGCACCUCCACUGGUGAUCAAGGAGGACGAGAUUCGUGAGUCCAUCGAAAUCAUCAACAAGACCAUCUUGUCUUUCUGAGGGUGGCAGCUGUUGUCAGUGGUCCCUGGGGGCCGCUGGAGACAGAUCUGUGGUCCUGUGUGGCUCUGCUCUUAAUGCAGGCACACUCUCCUCCCAUGGGUCUUCAAAGACUUUUUUUUUGGAGUAUAUAUAUUUUUUAGUUGAUACUUAAUAGAGUGACAUUUAUGACCCUGCAGCUGGCUGUGUAAUGCAACUGAGAAUAUAAUGGCAUCUGUAUUCGGUGAAGUGUUUAUAUGUGCAUGUGUACUUUCAAAGGUAAAUGCUUCUAUCUGUAUAUAUACAGCCUUUAAAUCAAGUCCUUCCAUAUAAUUUAUAUACGUUUUUAUAAUUUCCUUGCUGGUAUAAAUGUUUUGUAUUUAAAAAAGUUAUCAGUGUGGUAUUACGUAAAAGACAACCAUAUAAAGUCAAAUAAUAAUUAUUGAAUUUCAGGAUGGAUUAAUGGUUAAGUAUAUAUAAAAUACUCAUUUUAAGUAAACUUCAUAUUGGCCAGCACCAAAGUGUAUUCUAUGGGUGUCAUUCUUUUGAAUUGAGAAUCAAUAUUUAACAUUCCCAAAUGUUGUUUAAAGUGCUUGAUUAUAAUUUGUAAAAAGAAAAGUUAUUUUAAAUGUUUCUUUAAAAUAAAGCUUCUAUUUCAAAUAUC